AUGACAGUUCAUUUGUUUGGGGGCGUUUGGAGUCCAAGUUGUGCAAGUUUUGCCGUGAGACGCACUGCUGAGGACCAUAGAGCUCAUUUUAAUCCCGAAACAAUAAGGACAAUCUUGGAAAAUCUGUAUGUGGAUGAUUGUUUGAAAUCUGUAGCCUCUGUAUCCAAAGCAAUUAAUCUCGUGAAGGAGUUGUGUGAACUGCUCCAGAGAGGAGGUUUCAAACUUACCAAGUGGAUCAUCAACUCCCGGGAAGUACUAGAUUCCAUCCAUGCAGAGAGAAGAGCAAAGGAGGUCAAGGACGUUGAUCUUGGAAGUAAUGUUCUUCCACAGGAGCGAGCGUUAGGCGUUAGCUGGAACACUGAAUCUGACAAAUUUGGAUACCUGUUCAUGCCAAAGAACAAGCCAACUACACGAAGAGGUAUAUUAAGUGUCAUCAGUUCAAUUUAUGAUCCUUUUGGAUUUAUAUGCCCAGUUACUCUGCAAGCUAAGAAAAUCUUUCAACGUGAGUGCAGACUGAAGAAAGGAUGGGAUGAUCUACUGGAAAAAUGUCAUGAGGAAAAAUGGAUUGAAUGGAUUCAGAAACUUUCAAGGAUUGAACAGUUGACAAUUACACGUUGUGUGUCUCCCUUUGACUCUGAUGAUUUAUUGAAAUAUGAUCUACAUCAUUUCUCUGACGCUUCCAUGGAAGGAUAUGGAGCAGUGUCAUACCUGAGGAUUGUCAAUUCUGAUGGCAGAAUCCACUGUGCUAUAUUGAUGGGAAAGGCCAGGCUAGCACCUAUGAAACAAAUAACAAUACCAAGGCUUGAACUCUCAGCAGCAGUCAUUUCUGUAAAACUGGAUCAAUUAUUACGUCAGGAACUGAGACUCAAGAUAAGUAGUUCUACCUUCUGGUCAGACAGCAUGGUUGUUCUUCACUACAUCAAAAGUGAUUCACAUCGCUUCCAUACAUUUGUGGCAAACAGGAUAGCUGUUAUUCAUGAAGGAUCCACAGCUGACGACUGGCGUUAUGUUGAAUCCAAACUUAACCCUGGAGAUGACGCAUCCCGAGGUCUUAAUGCAGAUGAGAUGAUUUCGCAAGAAAGAUGGAUGAAAGGGCCAGACUUCCUCUGGCUGGAUGAAUCUGCAUGGCCGACUAUUCCAGAAGCAUUUGAGUUGCCAGAAAGAGAUUUGGAACUAAAGAGACCCAAAGUGUACUUUGUUCAAGGUGAUGUCAAACAUGGAUGUACUAACAGGUUACUGGAACGGUACUCAUCAUGGUACAAGUUAAAGAGAGCUGUAGCUUGGAUCUUGCGACUGAAACAGUGCCUAUUGAUAAGGUAUAGAAAUAUGAAAUCUGAUCAAAGAGUUUCAAAGAAUCCACUAACUGUUGAAGAAAUCAGAACUGCUGAGUAUGAGGUGGUGAAGUUUCUUCAAAGAUGUCAUUUCUCUGAUGAGAUCAAUGAUCUUACAGGAGGUCACCCUGUGAAGAAAACUAGCUCAAUUUACAGGCUCGAACCUGUGAUUAACUCUCACGGAAUCAUGUUUGCUGGAGGCCGUCUCAAGUACGCCGAAAUACCAGAACAGGCUAAGCAUCAGAUGAUUCUCCCUAAAGCACAUCAUGUUGCCAGGCUGAUUGGACAUCACUAUGAUGAGCUUCUUGGCCAUUCCGGGAGGGAACAUGUCUUAUCUCAGAUGAGACAAAGGUUCUGGAUUAUCAGUGCUCGUGCGACAAUAAAUGAGAUUCUGAGAAACUGUACAUUGCAAGCGUGUACAAGGUCUGAAGAAUAUCCAAAGAAUGGCUGA